AUGAGCACCGUACAGCCCAAUAUAUUAGCGGCUAACCUCUCCACAACACCCUUCCCUGACGUGGACAAUGUCUCCCACUGCCCGGACACCAUCUCUUGGGACAUCUUCUACUCUAGCCUCCACAUCUACAUCUUCAUCCUCUCCACUUUAGGAAUCCUGCUAAACAUCUUUGUCCUUUUGGUCUUCUGCCUCCAUAAGAAACCCUGCACCGUCGCGGAAAUCUACCUUAGCAACCUCGCCGCCGCAGAUCUCAUCCUGGUCUCUUGCUUGCCGUUUUGGGCCGUCAACAUCUACAACAACUUCGAGUGGCCUUUUGGAACGUUCCUUUGCAAAAUUGUCAACCUUGGAAUCAAAAUGAAUGCGUAUUGCAGCAUUUACUUCCUCGUUCUCGUCAGCAUUGACCGCUACUUGGCUUUGGUCCAUGCCAUGUCGCACGGUAGGAUGCGCAGACCGAAGUACGCCAAAAUCGGUUGCUUGCUCGUUUGGCUUUUUGGCUUGGUCUUGGGAAGCCCGGUGCUUAUAUUUCGCAAAGUGCAGUACAUUGUCGAUUAUGACGUGACGGCUUGCAUCAAUGACUACCCGUUCAUAAACUUUUCACUGUUUUAUGACGUCAUGCUAACCAUAUUCAGCUUUCUCAUUCCGAUUUCAAUAAUAGCUUACUGUACGCUAAAGAUCAUCCAAGCGCUGAAGAACAAGAGCAUGGAUCGGUUUCACACGGAGCGGACGGAAAAGAAAGCCACCACCUUAAUCAUGGCAGUUCUUGGAGCAUUCCUGAUUUGUUGGGUGCCCUUCCACUUGAUCUGCAUUCUGGACGUUCUCUGUAGAGCUAAGGUCAUUCUGGAUUGUUUUACCAAUAACGCGGUGGAGUUCUGCAACCAGAUCUUCUCCUACUUGGCCUUCUUCAACAGCGUACUCAACCCAGUGCUGUACGUACUGGUGGGGAAGAACUUCAGGAAGAAGAUGUGGGAGGUGUUCCAUCAGUGGGCGAUCACGAGGCCGGUGACGUCCGAUUCCACCAGAUCGCACCUAUCGUCCACGCUGAAGACAACGGUGUGA